UAGGCUCAGCGCGGGGCGGGGCGCGCGGACCCGGCAGAAGGGAGCACCGGUCGGGCGGCGGCGCCAGAGCGAGUGGAGCGCUCAGGCACUCCGGCCAGCGGCGGCGGCGGCGUAGAGGAGGAGGAAGGCGGCGGCCCCAGCGGCGCCCCUCAGGCCGGUGCGCAGCCCGGCCCGUCCCGCGCCCCAGCGGCGGCCUCGCGACCCAGCGCGCCCCCGAUCCCGGGCCCCUCCGCCGCCGCCGCCGCCAUGGCCCGGCCGCUGGUUCCCAGCUCGCAGAAGGCGCUGUUGCUCGAGCUCAAGGGGCUGCAGGAGGAACCAGUGGAGGGCUUCCGGGUGACCCUGGUGGACGAGGGCGAUCUGUACAACUGGGAGGUAGCCAUUUUCGGGCCCCCCAACACCUACUACGAGGGCGGUUACUUUAAGGCACGCCUCAAGUUCCCUAUCGACUACCCUUACUCCCCGCCAGCCUUUCGGUUCCUGACAAAGAUGUGGCACCCCAACAUCUAUGAGACAGGUGACGUGUGCAUCUCCAUUCUCCACCCCCCCGUCGACGACCCCCAGAGUGGUGAGCUGCCCUCAGAGCGGUGGAACCCCACCCAGAACGUCAGGACCAUCCUCCUGAGCGUCAUCUCCCUCCUCAACGAGCCCAACACCUUCUCCCCGGCCAAUGUGGAUGCCUCUGUGAUGUACAGGAAGUGGAAAGAGAGCAAAGGCAAGGACCGGGAGUACACAGACAUCAUCCGGAAGCAGGUCCUGGGGACCAAGGUGGAUGCCGAGCGGGAUGGCGUGAAGGUGCCCACCACGCUGGCCGAGUACUGCGUGAAGACCAAGGCCCCCGCGCCCGACGAGGGCUCAGACCUCUUCUACGAUUACUAUUACGAGGAUGCCGAGGCCGAGGCCGAGGCCGACAGCUGCUUCGGGGACGACGAAGACGACUCUGGCAAUGAGGAGUCCUGACACCGAGUCCUUCGCCGAAUAAACUUACAGAUUUUACCUCACCAGGCCCAGACUGUGUGGGCUCUCGGGCACCUCCUGACGCCGAGACUACCUCAGGGAGGUGGCUCCGCUGUUGCGUUGUCUCCUUGGUCUCACUUUCCUUUCCUGUGGUUGUUCUGGGUUUUCCUCUGCUUCAGAGAGGAGGGGCCACCACACUGUGUCCCCAGGGCCGCACUAGUGCUGGGCACCUGGCAGGCAGGCAGGCCGGCCUGGGGGCAGAGGUGGCCUGAGAGGCCCGGACCCCAGUCCUGCCUGCCGCCCUGCUGGCUGGAGCCAGAGACUUGGGGUUCCCAGCUCAUGAGUGGAUGGAUGAACGUGUGGCCACCUCUUCUCUCUGCUUUGGUUUGUUUGGAUUCUAAAUAAAAUGACUUUACAAGAAGCCAGAGAACCAACCUCUCCUUGACCUCCCCAAGGACUGUGGGGGUGUAGUGGCCAGGCCUGGUUCCUGCAGCAGCCGAAUGCUCGGGGCCGGAAGGCAGGCCCAGCAGCCAGGGGUGUUCUCAAGAGGCUGUGGUUAUGGGCCCGGGUCCUGAGCCCUGGGCUGGAAACGACCUGCAGCCCCCUGGUGGCCCCACACUGCUGCCUGCAGUUACUGCACCAUUGUCACCUAGGCCUCUGACAGGUUCUGUGCAGCUGAAAAGCCUGGCGCAAGCUGGAUUCAGAGCUGGAUAGCGUCAUCAGGACAAAGGUCCAAGUGAAACUUGGCCUGACUGGUCACCGAGGCCAGAGCCUGUAUGACCCCAUCAGGUGGGAGACAGGUGCACCCCAGAGACCAGCCAGAGCCUGCAGAGCCUGCACACCUCGUCUGCCUCCUGCUCCACGAAUGCACUGCAGCCUGGGUGCCACAGUACAGGCAUCACGGCCGGCCCAAAAUUUUGUUUUUUUUUAACAUGAAUGAUUUUCCUACAUUAAAAUGGAAGGUUUCACCCAA